AAAGAGAUUGCUGAUCAAAGAAACCGCAAGAGUGUUGAGAAGUUCGUCAGGGGUGACCGUGCACUACUGUCUUCCGACGGCAUCACACCUACUUCUGAAGUGAAUUUGGGCGCCAACUUGUUGGUGCCAAGAUUCAUUGGUCCGUUCGAUAUUACAAGAUAUUAG